CGCAGCUCCUCUACCGCCUGCUCGAGUCCAACACGUUCCUGGCCUGCUUAUCCUCCCUCCCAUUACCGAAGAGGGAGAUCGCGUUGAAGGAUUUUUUAUGCAUUGCAAGAGCAUCGCCAUCGCGCCAGUUAGUAGAAAUCGCAGCACAAAUUUGGUCAGCACGAAAAAUGAAUUUUGUAAUGCUGUUAAGCUGCGUAGAGAGAUAAACCUGUCAUGCACGAUUACCAUUACGACGAGUACGAUACUUUUGCAGCGCAUAUUUUUCCGUUCUCCAAAAAGCGAGGAAAAACGCGCUGUGGAAAAGCAGCGAAGCGGCGGAAGGCGGUACAGCUGCAGGAGAGUACCACAGUCCAGGAUCCGAAAGUACGAAUGAUACGGACUACGACUCUCCUACAGGGGAGUUGCUUCUACCCGGGGGCCAGAACAAAAUGAAGCACAGCACACAACAUUUUGAG